AUGCCAUCCUCUGACCAGAUCCUGUCUCUCUCGUGUACCGUCGUGGGCGUCGGUCCUGGUGGUAGUACCUCUAUGUUGGCUCGUGUUGCGAUCACAGAUUUCCGCGGAGAAAAUAUCUACGAGCGUUAUGUGGCGCCAACUUUGCAAGUUACCGACUAUAGGACUGGAGUGACCGGUAUCACGGAGGAGCACUUAAGUAGGUAUUCGAUUUUCCCUCUUCGUCGACCGGUCAUUGAUCCGUGCUAUGCAGGGACCGCAUAUAAAUUCAGUCAGGUUCAACGUCAAGUCGCGGACAUCAUUCGAAACAAGACAAUCGUUGGCCACCAGUUAUGGAACGACCUCUCAGUUCUUGGUAUUCCCCAUCCGGCAGUGGACACUCGCGAUGUGGCACUCUAUCAACCUUUCCGCAACGCUCUUAACUCCCCCAAUCAUAUCGUAGGGCUCCAAAGCCUUUGUUGGCACCUCAUGCGUCGUCGGUGCCAAGAUGGUCAACAAAACCCGAUUGAAAAUGCUCGGGCAGCCCUCGAUCUAUAUCGUUCACAUGGAACCGAAUGGGAAUCUGCCAUUCGGGAUGGCCAUUGGCCUUGCGCACUGCCUCCCUCCACCUUCGCUCGCUGCUAUCUGUAG